GCGCUGACGGGUCGUUAGCGGAUACGCAGCCCGUGGGGGCGGGACCGGAGGCCUUUGCCGGGUUUCGCGUCCGGCUCUUCCCUGCAGGUUCUCGGCGCCCGCUCCACCAUGGCUCCCAAAGGCGGGUCCAAGCAGCAGUCCGAGGAGGACCUGCUCCUGCAAGAUUUCAGCCGCAACCUCUCCGCCAAGUCUUCCGCGCUCUUCUUCGGGAACGCAUUCAUCGUGUCAGCCAUCCCCAUCUGGUUAUAUUGGCGAAUAUGGCAUAUGGAUCUUAUUCAGUCUGCUGUUCUGUAUAGUGUGAUGACCCUAGUAAGCACAUAUUUGGUAGCCUUUGCAUACAAGAAUGUAAAAUUUGUUCUCAAGCACAAAGUAGCACAGAAGAGGGAGGACGCUGUUUCGAAAGAAGUGACUCGAAAACUUUCUGAAGCUGAUAAUAGAAAGAUGUCUCGGAAGGAAAAAGAUGAAAGAAUCUUGUGGAAGAAAAAUGAAGUUGCUGACUAUGAAGCUACGACAUUUUCCAUCUUCUAUAACAACACUCUGUUCCUGGUCUUGGUCAUUGUUGCUUCCUUCUUCAUAUUGAAGAACUUCAACCCCACAGUGAACUACAUUUUGUCCAUAAGUGCUUCAUCAGGACUCAUCGCCCUCCUGUCUACUGGCUCCAAGUAGACCAUGGCAGCUUUACCCCUGGCUUUGUAUCUAUGGGUGGCCUGUGGUUUAUGGAAAAGUAGCAGGGUGGUCGGGGUGGGAGACACACAAGAUGUUUUUACAGUCUGGAGUUUGAGGGUUUAAAAACCCCAACAGAAUGUAAUUCAGUAUUUGUAUAUUGGCUUUUUUUGAUAUGUUGUUGAAAUUAAAUGAAAGGGAAACUCAGUACCAGGACAUUUAUUAAAAGGCGAAAAGUGUCUUGCAAUGUGCUGUAAUCACAAGAGGAGAAAAUAACUUGUUUCCUUGAUCUGUCAGAGGUCACAGUGACCUGGGCUGAGCUGUUAUUUAAAAUAGUAGCAAGAAGUUAAUAACUGGUUCUCUGUGUUCCAAGCACAGUAUUACAACUUUUUUUGAACCAUAAAUAUCAUAAUGAAUCUUCUUCCCAGAGGAUUGAACCAGAAGCUUUAUGUUUACAAGUCUCUGAAUUUGUGAUUUGAAAUAACACAAAGUUUAAAACAUGAUUUCUCCGACUUGGGGAAGAGAAACUUGUGGAAAAGGUUAUUUUUGUUUCUCGGGGUUUUUUUUUUGGUCAAAAAAAAAAAAAGCAGCCAAAGUAGUAACCUAAAAAUAGUGCACCAGGCGUAUGAGAGUUGUCCUAUGGAGUUAAAGCACAUACUGUUCAGCUGUAUGGCUUUGGCCCUGAGUGGCCAGGGAGGUCAACUUGACCCUGCCAUGUUCGUUUGACUUAUUAAGACACAGGGAUCAUUGUUUCCGUUGACCAAGGUCUCAUACCCCGGAAAGAAUGUGAAGAGAGAACACCUCUUUCCUGAAUAUUGACAUGUAAAAGACCGAAGUAAUUUUUGUGAUCUUAGUUCUGGAAUUUUAACAACUCUCUAAGGAAUUUAUGGUGGUUUUAGUGCUUGUCAGCAUUUUUCCCAAUUUUCCCUUCAGUUCACAGGUCCCAUCAGUUGUGAACAAAAUAUUGAUCUCUUCAGCCCUUGGGGGUCCAGCUGAGAGCAGUCUCUUGGUAUUUUUAACCAGUAUGUGUACAGAUACCAUCAUUUUCUAUGUGUGCCAUGACUUAAAAAACUUCAGGUAGUUUUUUAACCUGUGUCACUUAAACAGAGAAUCACAGGUGAAAACAGUUUCAUAUUCCUAUUAGCUUUUGACCACAUCCAGUAAUCUUAUACAAGCAGUACCUCUGGGAAAUAUAUUCCUAAUCUUUAAUUUCUACUUCUAAAUUUAACAUGAAUGUUAUAAAUGUUAUUAGUUUUACUUAUAACUUGAAGAGAGUCACUGCAAGGUACAAUUAGGGUAACACAUAAGAGGUUUCUUUUUUUUUUUUAACUUUACUCUUGAUAAAAAGCCAGUCAGUAGUUUGGUGGCAUGGAGUUUAUGUAGCAAAUGCAUUUGCUUAUUUGACAAAAUGAUUUUUUGAUUGACUAUCAGUGUCUACGAUUUGUUAUUAGAGCUGGGGCAAUAGCACUGUAAAUUGCUGGUGAAAACGUGCCACUAGAUGGCAGUGCCUGUAGAGAUGGGGAAAAAAUUGCCACCAUUCUUGGUAUAAUCCAGGUUAGAUGGGUUGGUGAAAUAGGGAUAGCUCAAUAGAAUUUCUCUUGAGUUAGUAAACUGAAAAUUUGUAGGAGAAUGAGUAAGCAAAAUUUGUUUUCUGUCCUGAAUUUUUCCUAGAGCACUCUGUUUUUAAUCCUGAUAAUGUUUUCUAACUUCCUAUACUGCUAGAUAAAUUUCUGUGCAUAAGAUGAUAAGGCGUAUACUCACAGUUCAACAGUUUUCAUUAAGGAUUUACUGUACCAGUACUUUACUCUCAAGAAUUGCAGAACCUUUUCCCCUGUACUCUCCCCAUCGUCUACAACAGCUAUGUGGCACAUAGAAUUAUGAUGUGGUCAGUCUGAUUUAAAUAGUAAAAAUCUGCUGUAGAAUUUUUAUCUUAAAAAGACCUCAUACCCAACUGCGGAAAAGAAGAGAUUCUGUUGUAAUUGCGAUUCAAGGCAAUUUCCUUUUUUCACACUCGUGAUAAGCAGAAGCUUACUGUUACAACAUUUUCCUUUAACCUAUUUUUAAUUUCCUCAUUUACAACUUAAUAAAAGUCUUGGAUUGAAAUUCUUUUUAGCCAGUAAAAAUUCACUGGUUGUCGUACUUGGUGUUAUUGCAACCUGGAAAGGAUAAUUUGAAACAAGUUUCAAAGUUAACUGAAAUAUGAAGGUUGAAUUAUACUCAAAAUUCUUGUGAAAGUUCUUGCUUAAUAAGUAUGAUUAAACUUGGCUUUUGAAAAUUC